CGCCGAGUGGGGGUGGCGGCCAGCAUGCUGCUCGGCUGCGGCUCGGCCUCCCACACCCGCGGCGCCCUCGUCCUCGCCAGCAGCGGCGGCGGCGGCGGAGCAGCGAGCGGCGCCCGCGGCCACAGCGGCGCAGGGUCCCAGUGCGCGGGGCCCGGGGACCCGGGGACCCGGCAUGGCGCUGCGGAGGGGCGGCGGCGGCGGCGGGGCGCUGGGACUGCUGCUGCUGCUGCUGAGCGCCGCGUGCCUCAUCCCGCCGAGCGCGCAGGUGAGGCGGCUGGCGCGCUGCCCCGCCACUUGCAGCUGUACCAAGGAGUCCAUCAUCUGCGUGGGCUCCUCCUGGGUGCCCAGGAUCGUGCCGGGCGACAUCAGCUCCCUGAGCCUGGUAAAUGGCACGUUUUCGGAAAUCAAGGACCGAAUGUUUUCCCAUCUGCCUUCUUUGCAGCUGCUGUUGCUGAAUUCUAACUCAUUUACAGUCAUCCGGGAUGAUGCGUUUGCUGGACUUUUUCAUCUUGAAUACCUGUUCAUUGAAGGGAACAAAAUAGAAACCAUUUCAAGAAAUGCCUUUCGUGGCCUCCGUGACCUGACUCACCUUUCUUUGGCCAAUAACCACAUCAAAGCCCUCCCCCGGGACGUCUUCAGUGAUUUGGACUCCCUGAUUGAACUAGAUUUAAGGGGCAAUAAAUUUGAAUGUGACUGCAAAGCCAAGUGGUUGUAUCUGUGGUUGAAGAUGACAAAUUCCACCGUUUCUGAUGUGCUCUGUAUUGGUCCACCAGAAUAUCAGGAAAAGAAGCUAAAUGAUGUGACCAGCUUUGACUAUGAAUGCACAACUACAGAUUUUGUUGUCCAUCAGACUUUGCCCUACCAGUCGGUUUCGGUGGAUACGUUCAACUCCAAGAAUGAUGUGUUCGUGGCCAUCGCUCAGCCCAGCAUGGAGAACUGCAUGGUGUUGGAGUGGGACCACAUCGAAAUGAAUUUCCGGAGCUAUGACAAUAUUACAGGCCAGUCCAUCGUGGGCUGUAAGGCCAUCCUCAUCGAUGACCAGGUCUUUGUGGUGGUGGCUCAGCUCUUUGGCGGCUCUCACAUUUACAAAUAUGAUGAGAGCUGGACCAAGUUUGUCAAAUUCCAAGACAUAGAAGUCUCUCGCAUUUCCAAGCCCAACGACAUCGAGCUGUUCCAGAUCGAGGACGAGAUGUUCUUUGUCAUCGCAGACAGCUCUAAAGCUGGUCUGUCGACUGUCUAUAAAUGGAACAGCAAAGGAUUCUACUCGUACCAGUCUCUGCACGAGUGGUUCAGGGACACGGACGCAGAGUUUGUCGAUAUAGACGGGAAAGCACAUCUGAUCCUGUCCAGCCGCUCCCAGGUGCCCAUCAUCCUCCAGUGGAAUAAAAGCUCUAAGAAGUUUGUCCCCCACAGUGACAUCCCCAACAUGGAGGACGUGCUGGCCGUGAAGAGCUUUAGAAUGCAGAACACGCUCUACCUCUCGCUCACCCGCUUCAUCGGGGACUCCAGGGUCAUGAGGUGGAAUAGUAAGCAGUUUGUGGAGGUCCAGGCUCUCCCAUCCCGAGGGGCCAUGACCCUGCAGCCCUUUUCUUUUAAAGAGAAUCACUACCUGGCCCUCGGGAGCGACUAUACAUUCUCCCAGAUAUACCAGUGGGAUAAAGAGAAGCAACUCUUCAAAAAGUUUAAGGAAAUUUACGUGCAGGCGCCUCGUUCCUUCACAGCUGUCUCCACUGACAGGAGAGAUUUCUUUUUCGCGUCCAGUUUCAAAGGGAAAACAAAGAUUUUUGAACAUAUAGUUGUCGACUUAAGUUUGUGAAGGUGUGAUUGGUGAAUUUAAGACAUGUAGCACUAGCUCUCGCAAGAGAGGACCAAGAAAAAAAAAUUUUUUUAAGCCAAGUUCAGAGCUCUGAAAUUAAAAAUGCACUGAAGAAAUAGUUAGAAGUUUCCAAACUUUUAGAACUCACAUUUUAAUCAGGGAUUGCGUUUCUUGGCUAACUGCAUGACACGUCCAUUCUCCCAUUUAAAAAGACAUCUUAAAGCCUGUAAUUACUGAGAAAAGAGUACAGCAUCAACUCUUGCCAUCCAGGAAGGUAAUGUGCUUUUUUGUUUUUAAUGAGGAAGGAGAAAAUCGGAUAAGCUGGGACAGCUCUUAUAAUGAAAUAAAAAAAAAAAAAAGACCGAACAAACCAUGGGCCCUGCUCAUUCCAUUUUAGCAAUCCUUUUGGGAAGAACGCUUAAAGCCAAAGUCAGCUGAAAAGAUUUGCUGAUGAUUAGUUUAAAAAUCUGAUAACACUCAGCAAUGCUAUUUUGAGCCAUCCCAGUUUCCUGAAUCCCCCUUAAUAGCAGAAUGUUGGCUAUUUCAUUGGCUCAUAUGGAUGCUCGUCAUGGGUGUGUUAACAAAAUAAUGUUUGACAUUGCUCCCUCCCUUUGCUAUAAAGAAAAUAUUCUGCUGACACAUGUCUAGGCCCAUGACGGCCUGUAGUCCCCGGAGUGACACAAAGAGAUUUUCCCCUCUUCCUUGUGGUUCAGAGCUGACCCCGUGGUGCCCGGAGCAGUAACGGUUCUUUGAUGCUCUCCGUGCCUCAGCUGCUUCUCUGACCCAUCCUUUGAGUUUGUGGGUAACCAGCAGAUAGGCCAAAGACUGAAUGGUGCUUUUUAUUCUGUCCUUUAAAGCAAUAGAACAGGUAUUUCCAUCUGAUGAGCAUCUGGUAGAAUUUUUGAAGUAGGAUGUUGUGGCAUCAAAGAGGACUUUACACAAGAGUCCGUGUACUUUGAAACCUUGGGAUGGCUGCUUGAUUGAUGCAUAUCUUUGCCCUCUGGGCAACUUAAUAUUUCAGAUACUUGAAUGCCCACCUCCCUUCUCCUGUGACAGUCCUGCUUUGUUGAUUUGCUGAUGUUGCCGCUGGCCACGCAGCCCAUCCGAUGGUGCUGCAGCCCCCAAUGGCAGGACCUGGGAUACUCCUGACAGCAACGCUCCUCGCUCUCCCGCCACUCAGCUAAGGCACCCCCGGGGCCCCCACACUCACAUGGGGCCACGUGCUGCUCAUCCUGUCCAGCCUGGGGUGGUGGGGGGGGGGUCUCAGGCUGAUCAGUUGGGACCAGCUUUGGAGCCAGACAUGCUGAAUCCCGCAGGCCGGGUCUGCACUCGGGACCAGGUGCCUCUUUCAAAAUGGGCCUCUCUGGUGUGGUCACCUGGGAAGCUUGUGGGGUCUGGUUUUGUGGAAGGUUCCAGGUGGAUGUUCUGCCUGAUUAGCUGAUUAGCUGAUUCUCUUCAGAGAAUAUUCAGUGAAUGCUUUUAAGGGGUGGCUCUCAAGGCGUAACCCAACAACUUCUCUUCUAGCCAAGAAAAUAGCACAAUCAUUGUACUGUAUUGUUAUUUUUUAAUGAUUGUUUGCCAAGUCAUGACUAGGUAGAUGUUUUGCCACAAAUAUGAAUGCGUUUGUUGUUUCCAGACUUUAAGCAAUGCAGAUCGAGGCAAUAAAUAGCACUUAGAGAACAAUGCAUCAAUGUCACAACAGCACUUGGGCACAUUCUGGGGACAGCAGGCUGAGGGCUUCCAGCCUGGGACACCAGGGACUUUAAUGAACUAGCUCACCCACCCAAAGUAGCAUUACUGCUUGAAAUUUUCCUACUAAGCACUAAGUAAACAGAAGAAAAGGGGCUUGUCUUCAUUUUUUAAGCACAAGUCACUCUUUCUUCUGCGUUCUUUUGCCUUCCUGGUUUAUUUGAAUUGACUACGAAUGCCCAGAUCCCCACGUCGGAGGCUGAAAGUGGGACAGCUCUGCUAUCCCUCCGGCUGUCGAGAUGGGCACACUAUUCUUUCUGGCGCGUGGAGCCCCUCAGAGAAGCCUGGGUGGAGAAACAGGCACGUGGCAAACAGUGCCAGAGACAUUUAGACAGUCCCAGCACUUGUGCAGGUGGAAGUGAUGUUCCCCAUUCCCGCCACUUAUAGAGAAGGUGGACUGGAGCAACUUUUCACGGUGCUGCCUCUACGGAGCAGCGCACCCACCCCAGCGUCACCUCUGUGGGUGAAGUUGGGAGCCAGCCAUUUGCGCUCACUACGCUGGUGGCCAUCGCCCAGAAUCUGGAAAACCAGGAAGCACAGGUGCUGGGCUGGGGAUGGGGGACUUGCUGAGUCCACAUGAGACAGUGGAGUGUGAAAGAAAGAUCUAAAGCCCUUGGGAGUGAGAGGGUGGGUAGUCCACUCAGCUGCAGCCAGAUUUUCUUUUUAAAAUUUUUUACCAGUUGGGAGUCUGCGAUCUAGAGUCCACAAGGUGAGGGUGGAGACAUUUGCUCUGGAGAGCAAUGUACUAAGGGAGCGUGGAUGUUCUUGGCGUGAGGUGGUGGAAGCUUUGCUUCGUCAAUCUUACUGCUCCAUCCAAGAAUCCUCGAGUUUUAAACAAUUUCUGCAAGACGUUUUUUUCCAGUAACAAUGUACGACAAAAAAACCAAACCACAGCAAAAACCCAAAGCAGAGAGACAUGUGGGACCAUCCCCUGUGAGGAUGACCUGAGGAGGGGCUGCUCUUGCUUCUUCCUUCCUUCCCAUCAGCCAUUAGUUAAUCAUCUUCUCAGCUCGUUUCUUCUUUAUAAUCUCUGUGGCGAGGCUCCCAGACUCCAUCUCUCCAUGUAGCCAUGUGGCCAAGCCACGCAGCCUUAAACUAAGGACUUGUCCCCAAACUCCAUGAGCUCAGGAAUAGAUCUCUUAAGGAGACUCUAAAAACGAGCCUUCAGUGCAAAUGGCUCUGUGUUCUUGGGCAAUAGAUAAUAAGACCACCUUGCAUUUUGGCAAAGCUUUACUCUUCGACGUACAUUUGUGUUCAUCUCAUUCGUUCUUAAAUAGUUCUUCAGUUUAUUGGAGGACAGGUAUUCUAAUUUCAGAGAGAAAGAAAUAGAAAAUCCAAGUCAGUUGCCUGCUUAAGAUUAUCCAGUAGUGAGUGGCAAAGCCAGAACUUUCCCUCUGAACAGCCGGCUUUGUGUUUUCUUUCCAUGACGCUCUGCCAUCCCUCAAGUAAAGACUUUUUAUCAUGAUUUUGAAUAUAGCAGCACCUUGAGAUAAAAUAAAAAAUGCAACAAAAUAUGCAGAGCCAGAAGGAAAAUAGUGCUGAAUAGACACCAUUCAAUCAGCUGGUGCAUUUAACGAUUAAAUCCUGGGAACAGCUAUUCCGUGCAAGGCCCCACUCUUGAAAGUCUUCCAGAAGUUUCAGAUCGUUUUCUGGUCUAAAGAGAGUUUCUAGCUGGCGCGGUUGUUUCUCCCCCCACAGAGCUGUGGGAGGGAUGUUAAGGUUGAGACACAUCUGGUUCUUGUCACAAGGUCCACAAGAUAAACAAGAAGAGUUCUAUGAAGGAAAAACUAGGAACUCGAAUGCACGAGCGAUGAUGAAUUGCUCCCAGCCGUAAUCAGCCCUUGGGGAGCGUGCUGAAAAUGGCAGUGUUGCAUUUUUCUUCCCCAUGGAGUGAGAGGCUGUGUAUUUUUAGGAAAGAAAUCAGCGUGGGAUGCUGGAGGUUUGGCUGCUAGGAACACUCAUGAUGGAAAUUUCUCCGACUGGGGGUGUAAUGAAAGAGAGAUGAGGGCCUGCAGGAGGGGAGUGUAUCUGCAUGCCACCUAAAGGAAAUCCCUUUAGCCCGCUUCCUGAUUCCUCGGCGGCAGCGGUAGCAGCUCCUCCCUGGCAGUUUUGGAAGCGAGUUCUUUAAUUAGGCAGUGGCCAAAGAUGCUUUUAGACAGCGCCCUGGAGUGGAAUGCAAUAAUCUAGUUGUUGAUGCAGUGAGUAGGGUGGUCCAGUCUUGGGGGGACAAGGGAAUGGGCGGAGAAGCAGGGCAGAUGGCUGUGGAGGAACCUCUUUUGGGAAAGUAGAAAUAAAUUGGAAGGAUAGAAAAGGUAAUAAUGAUUUCCUUUGCCUCACCCAGGCAAGUAGAGAGUGGAACGACCAGGCAAAUUAACAGCCUCCCAAUUAUUAAUGAAGAGAACCAAUUGUAAUGCUAAUUAAAAUAAGAAUUAUAUUAUAAAGCUACUGAGAUCUAAACCAAGGCACUCUUAUCCUUACAUUAUUCCACGGCUUGUAUCAGAAUCUACCUUUCUUCUAGUAGGAAACUGUGCAUUCCCUAUCAAUCCCUUUGACUAUCAGGAAUGUAUAAAAUUGUGAUAAAAUAGGCCCACGUGCCAUUUGGUAGCAUUUUUAUGUGUUUUAAAUGCAUAACUUAGAUAAAAUAAGAAUAGCUUAUAUGUAUGUGAAAGCAAAUUUCACAGUAUGCAAGCUACAAUGGAUGAAUUUUUAGGCUGAAUAUCUAUUUAACUCUUUUUGGUAAAUAGAGUUGACAAACGACUUGCCUCUUAAUUCAAUACAUUCUGUAAGCCUAUGAAUAAAAAGUAGCUCCUGCCUAA